AUGGCCGCGUGUAACGUCAGCCCAAUCGUCCGCAUCCGGGCCAACGAAGGGUGGAUGGUCAAGCGUGCAUUGGACGCGGGUGCCCAUGGGAUCAUCGUGCCAUUGUUGCGCAGCGGCCAGGACGCCGAGAUGUUGGUUCAGGCGGCCAAAUCCCCUCCGUACGGUAAGCGAGGCUUUGGCAGUCCGUUUUCCAUGGGCUCCUUCGACGGGAACGGCGACCUGUCCGGUUUCGACUAUAAAAAAACGCCAACGGCAACCUCUUACAUAUUGUCCAGAUCGAGACCAAGGAAGCUUUGGAAUGCGUGGAGUUUCCCCACUCUCUCUCUCGGGCCAUAG